AUCUGAAGUUAGCAACUCCUACUUCGAAAAAGAAGCAAUUCAUCAUUAUGAAUUGUGGAUGCAAAAUGCUAUCAGAAGAGUUAAACGUGCAAGAGAGAUUGGGAAAAAAAUUCGAGCUGUAAGGGUUAUACAAAGGAAAUUUAUUGAAUAUUAUUACCGACCCUCUGGCCUUUGUGCUACAUGGUUAAUUAAGCAUUAUAAACUCUUAUGGGAAAUUAGAGAGGAAUCACGUUAA